AUGAGGGAACUUCUCACCCACGAGAGGAAGAUUGAAUCCAUCCAACAAGUUAACUUAAAUGAAGAAUGCUCGGCGACACUCCUCAACAAACUCCCACAAAAGAAGAUCGAUCCCGGAAGCGUCACCAUUCCUUGCUCCAUUGGAGGAUCACCGGUAAGUAACGCGUUUUCCGACCUAGGGGCUAACAUUAACUUAAUGCCCGCCUCUAUGUUCAACGGACUCGGAUUAGGAAAGCUGCACCACACAAAGAUGAGCAUCCAACUUGCGGAUAAGUCGGUAAAAUACCCUCAAGGUGUCAUAGAAAAUCUCUUGGUUAAGGUCAGGGAAUUUGUUUUCCCGGCCGACUUUGUAAUCCUAGAAAUGGAGGAAGACACCAAAAUCCCGCUCAUACUAGGAAGAUCGUUCAUUGACACCGCAUGGGCCAUGGUGGAUAUGAGUUGUAACAUCCGUUAA